AUGUCAACUCGAACACCCACUCCUGAGGAGGAUGCCUCCAUGCCGAUUGCCAUUAUUGGGAUUGGAGGCCGUUUCCCUGGCGAUGCCACAAACCCUGAGAAGCUGUGGGACAUGGUUUCCAACGGCCGCCAUGCCAUGACCGAGAUACCAAAGAGUCGAUUCAACAUCGACGCUUUCUACCAUCCUUACGCUGAGCGGCAGGGUUCAAUGAACGUCAGAGGUGGUCACUUUCUGAAAGAUGAUGUCUCCGCUUUCGACGCUCCGUUCUUCGCUAUCACCCCCAAGGAGGCCCACGCCAUGGAUCCCCAGCAGCGGAUGGCACUCGAGGUCUCUUAUGAGAGCUUAGAGAAUGCUGGAAUCCGAAUCGAGGACAUUGCGGGAACGUCUAUGGGAUGUUACAUGGCAUCGUUCACGCGAGACUAUUCGAGUCUGCGAGCUCACGACCCUGAAGAUUUACCCUUGUACGAGGCCACGGGGAAUGGAUCCACGCUCAUCUCCAACCGCGUUUCGUGGUAUUUCGAUCUGAGGGGACCCAGUCUCAGUUUGGAUACCGCUUGCUCUUCAUCGCUUGUUGCACUUCAUCUGGCCUGCCAGAGUCUUCGGACAGGCGAAACAGAAACGGCUCUCGUCGGUGGCACCAAUCUCAUUCUCAUGCCCGAGAUGCAGCUCAGCAUGACUGCUCUGCACUUUCUGAGUCCUGAUAACAAAUCUCAGACCUUCGAUCACAAGGCGAACGGCUAUGCCAGAGGUGAAGGAGCCGCCGUCAUGGUUAUCAAACCUCUGCAUCUCGCCCUGCGAGACAACAACGUCAUUCGCGGCGUAAUCCGUGGAACUGGUGUUAAUCAGGAUGGCCACACGCCUGGCAUCACUCUUCCUUCCGCCAAGGCCCAAGAGGAUUUGAUAAGAUCCGUAUACAAGAGUGCAGGCUUAAGCUUCCAAGACACGACAUACUUCGAGGCUCAUGGAACAGGAACUGCAGCUGGUGAUCCCCUGGAAGCCUCCGCCAUUGGAGCAACACUUGGUGCCGCGAGGCCGCCUGGUAAGCCGCUCAUUGUCGGAUCCAUCAAGACGAACGUCGGACACAUGGAAGGCGUGAGUGGUCUCGGCGGCCUCAUCAAAGCCAUUUAUGCGUUGGAGAAGGGCCAGAUACCACCCAACCUAUGGUUCGAGAAGGCAAACCCGAAGAUCCCAAUGGAAAAAUGGGGUAUUCAGGUUCCAACAGAGCUUCUCUCGUGGCCCACUGAUGGUCUCCGACGAGCGAGCAUCAAUUCCUUUGGUUACGGCGGAACAAACGCUCAUUGUAUCGUCGAUGACGCCUACCACUACCUCGUCUCUCGGGGUCUCAAGGGUCUCCACGUCACUGUCGGGGGUGGUAAAACCGAUGGCGAUGUUGGCUACCAGCACAAGCGUACGAAUGGGCACCAUAACAGCAAUGGCACCAAGGUCAACGGCUCCGUCAACGGCUCCCAUAGACCCUCAGUAGGUGUCGCCACGCCUAGUGAGACCGACAGCGAGGGCAGCGUUGAAAACCAGUCUUCGCCCAAGGUCUUUAUGUGGUCUGCGCACGAACAAAUUGGUUGUGAUCGAGUGGCGGCUUCUUUACUGGAGUAUCUUCAACAAAAGCAAGUCGAAGAGACCUUUGACGAGGCUGAGUCGCAACUGGAAAGGCUCGCUUUCACUUUGUCUGAGAAGCGAAGCAGACUUCCGUGGAAGUCUUACGUCGUUGCCUCGUCUGUGGAAGAGCUAACAACGAGCCUCGAGAAGAACUAUCCCAAACCUGUCAGAUCCUCGCAGGUUCCAAAACUCGGUUUCAUUUUUACGGGCCAGGGCGCGCAGUGGUUUGCUAUGGGCCGUGAGCUCCUGGUCUAUCCUGUCUUCCGCAAGAGCAUUCUUGAGGCCAGCGACUAUCUUUCGACACUUGGCUGCCCAUGGAAUCUUCACGACGAGCUCCUGUGCACGGAGAAGGCGACGCACAUCAACGAACCUAGCUUCAGCCAGCCAAUUUGCAUUGCGCUACAGAUUGCGCUUGUCGACCUUUUGGCUGAUUGGGACAUCAAGCCAUCUGUGGUUGUUGGCCACUCCAGCGGUGAAAUAUCUGCUGCCUAUGCAAAGGGGUCCAUCACCAGAGAAGCGGCAUGGAAGAUUGCCUACCACCGUGGUCGGCUGAGUAGCGGACUUCAGACGCGCGGUGCCAUGCUUGCUGUGGGCUUGGGCGAAACUGACGUGCAUUCCUACCUCGACAGAGUCACUGACGGCCAAUUGGUCGUUGCUUGUAUCAACAGUCCUGCCAGUGUCACACUCUCCGGCGACAUCGGCGCCAUUGAUCAGAUCCAGACGUUCCUAACCGAUGACAGAGUCUUCGCUCGGAGGCUCACGGUGAAGACGGCCUACCAUUCGCCGCAUAUGAAGACCCUCGUCUAUGAUUAUCUCGAGUCUCUCCAGGGAGUUACGCCAAAACAGGGCUCGGGUGUGGCAAUGUUCUCGUCUGUCACCGGCCAAGUCGUCGAGGACAACGAUCUUGGUCCCGCCUACUGGGUCUUCAACAUGGUCAAGCCUGUCAAGUUCUCACAAGCCGUGGAAGCCGCUCUUGCAUACCGGCCCAACAAGAGGCGAACGACGCAGAAUGCCACAUUUGUCAAUUUCUUCAUGGAAAUUGGCCCCCACGCUGCGCUGAAGGGGCCACUGAACCAGAUCUUGAGCGCUCAGGAGAAAGGGAAGCUCGAGCUCCCCUACGCAUCGGUCUUGGUUAGAGGGGAAAACGCGGUAGUCACAGCCCUCGACGCUGCCGGCAAACUCGCCCAGCACGGAUACCCGGUCAGGCUUACAGACACGAAUCGGGUGACCGGUGCCACAGUUUCCCUGACGGACAUGCCCCCAUUUGCUUGGAACCGGAGCUACCGUUAUUGGUACGAGUCGCCCGUCUCUGUUGCCUUCAGGAAGCGUGAGCACCCGCGACACGACCUGUUCGGUUGCCUGAGUCCGCAUUCCAGCAAGCUUGAGCCAAGCUGGACGAACUACCUUAGAGUAUCCGAGAUGCCAUGGAUGGAACACCACAAGGUCCAGUCGUCGAUCCUUUACCCCUUCGCCGGAAUGCUCGUCAUGGCCAUCGAGGCUGCCAAGCAGAUCGCCGAUCAUACGAAAGAGAUCGAAGGCUAUCAUCUUCGCGACAUUGCCGCCGGCGCUGCCAUCGUUGUACCGGUUGAAGAGCCGGUUGAGACCAAGCUGCAGUUCAGGCCUUGGAGAUCAGGAUCUAGACUGCCCGAUUCGUUCUGGAACGAAUUCACCAUUUCUUGCCGUAAUCGUCAAGGGGACUGGCAGCAGCAUUGCUCCGGCCUCGUGUCAGUGAACUACAGAGACACUGUCAACGAGACGUUCAGAAACGAGCGUACUGCCGAGUCUGAUAAGUAUCGCAAGGAGUAUGAGACGAUGGCGAACGCAGGCUUGCGUGCUGAAGACCCUCGUCAGGUUUACGCUGCUAUGGCAGAGCUCGGUUUGCAAUGGGGUCCCUCCUUCACAAACCUGACUUACAUUGGGUCUGGUGACUACGAGGCCCAUUGCGCCCUCGAGAUUCCCGAUACCAAGAGAUACAUGCCCGAGAACUUCGAGUUCUCCCAUGUAAUCCACCCAGCGACGCUGGACGGCCUCAUUCAGAUGAUGAUCCCUGCCUUGACUCCAGCGAACGCACCUCUGGACAAGGCCAAGAUUCCCCGUUUCGUUGAGAGUGUUUACGUCUCCGCAAAACUGGACACAGCGCCCGGCACGAAGCUCUACGGUUAUUCAAGCUCUGUUCCGUAUGGAUUCAACGAGUCCCAAUCAAUGGUGGCCGUGUCUGACGAGACCUGGGCUGAGCCACUCGUCAUCAUGAAGGGUUGUCGCAAUAUUGCACUCGAAAGUGUGUCCGACGGUUCCAGUCACUCAACAGCCAAGUCUCUCCGAAAGCUCGGUGCCCGCCCCGAAUGGGCCGUCGACAUGGAACAUCUCAGCCCAACGGCCGCUCGCGAGUGGUUUGGACGCACCACGGACAAGAUACCAGACACCAAGUGGGACGCGAUCCGUGAUCUCGAACUGGCCUCUUUUAUUAUCUGCAAGCGCAUGCUGAAGAUGUACACUCCUAAGAACGCCGAGAGUUUCGCUCCACACCUUCAACAAUUCUACAAGUUCAUGCAGCUACAAUACAGCCUGGCGACCGAGGGCAAGCUCAACUGCCAGACUCCCGAUCUCGACUGGCUCAAGACCACGCAGGAAUUUGACGAUGCCCACUUGAUCAAGGUUUCCGAGGCCACCGUUGACGGGAAGCUCAUGUGCAAGCAGGGAGCGGUACUUGACAAGAUCUUCUCCGGCGAGCUUGAGCCGCUCCAGGUGCUGAGGGAGGACGACCUUCUCACGAACUAUUACCGCAACGGUAUCGGCACGGAGAAGUGGAACCCCAUCAUUGAGGACUUCAUCGAGUCAUUCAAGCACAAGAAGUCCAUGAAGAUUCUCGAGGUCGGAGCCGGAACUGGAGGCACCACUACGGUGGUGCUGAAUGCUCUCGGUGACCGGUCAGAGGCAUCUGCUUGCCUCUCGCAAUACACAUACACCGACAUCAGCAGUGGCUUUUUCGAACCCGCUGAGGAGGACUUCAAAGAGUGGGCUGCGUUCCUUGACUUCAAGGUCCUGAACAUCGAGAAGGAUCCUGUCAAGCAAGGCAUUACUCCGGGUAUUUACGACCUCGUCAUCGCGAACAACGUAUUGCACGCCACCACUUCCAUUGACGCGUGCCUUGCAAAUUGCAGGACCAUGCUGAAGCCUGGCGGCACCCUCUUGCUGGUCGAGCUUACCGGCACCAUGGCUCGCGUGCCGUUGAUUUUUGGUACUUUGUCAGGGUUAUGGAACGGUGUCAAUGACAAUCGCAACUGGGGCCCAAUGCUCACGGAGCAGGGUUGGCAGACCCGUCUUCAGCAGCAGGGAUUCACAGGCCUAGAUAUGGUUUUCCGUGAUCACGCGACCGUGGACUACUCCGUCUCUCUAAUGAUAUCGAGAGCACUUCCCCUCCCCGUUGAGGAUUUGCCUCAAGACAUUGUGGCAAUCAAACCUGUGAAGAUGGACGAUGCUGACGAGUUGCUCUUCACUAACAUCAUCCACACCUUGAGGUCGCAGGGCUGCCAAGUGGAUAUCGCUUCACUCCAGGAGACCGUGAGCCGAGAUCUCACAUCAAAGGCUUGCCUCUCGUUUAUCGAGGUUUCUGAGCCUUUCAUGGAUACCAUCAGCCAGACUGAUUUUGAAGCGCUCAAGCAUCUCAUCCUCACAGCGAAGAGCACUUUGUGGCUUACCAAAGGUGCUGCCAUGGAUAGUGAAGUGCCCGAAUCCAACCUGCUUCCAGGACUGAGCCGCACAUUCCGAGGUGAAGUUCCUAGCAUUCAGCUGACGCUCCUGGACCUCGACCCGAGUGGCGCAACCGAUCCCAAGGGCGCCGAGGAGUCGGUUCUCCGCAUCCUGAGAUCUAGCACCAACUCAGGCAAGAUCGAGCGUCCAGACUGGGAAUACGCUCUACGCGGCGGUAAAGUCUACGUCUCCCGCCUCGAGCCAGACAACCCGAUCAACGACAUGCUGGAGAGCAGCGCCGAGCAGCCACUUCCGGAAAUGCUUCCUUACAACCAACCGGGGCGGGCGCUUGCACUGGCUGUGCGCACUCAAGGGAUGCUCGAUACUUUCCAGUUCAUCGACGAUCAGGAGUAUGCCAAGGCGCUUCCUGACGACUUUGUCGAAAUUUCCGUAAAGGCAGUCGGUAUGAACUUCCACGAUGUGAUGAUCUCCAUGGGCCAGAUUGCCGACACAGAUCUCGGCGUCGAGUGCAGCGGAGUCGUCACACGAGUGGGCAAUGCCGUCAAGAAGUACAAGCCAGGAGACAAGGUCAUCACAUUCCGCCUCGGUUGUUACCGUACCUUUCUUCGGAACCCGGAAGACAUGUACCAGAAGAUGCCCGAGAACAUCUCCUUUGAAGCCGCAGCAACAAUCCCGUGCAUCUGGACGACGGUUUACUACUCCAUCUACGACGUGGCACGGCUCCAGGCAAGGGAGUCUAUUUUGAUUCAUGCUGCCGCGGGCGGCCUUGGACAGGCUGCUAUCAUUCUGGCGCAGCACAUUGGCGCCGAAAUCUACGUCACGGUUUCGUCGGAGGCCAAGAAGCAGUUCUUGAUGGAUAAGUACGGUAUUCUGAAAGACCACGUCUUCAAUAGCAGAGAUCUCUCCUUCGCCGAUGGGAUCAAGAGGAUGACGAAUGGCCGCGGCGUGAACGUGGUCAUCAACUCUUUGGCUGGUGAGGCCCUCCGCCGGACCUGGCUUUGUGUUGCUCCUUUUGGCCGCUUCAUUGAGGUUGGCAAGCGAGACAUUGUGGGCAACACCGGAUUAGAUAUGAGCCCUUUCAUGCACAACAUCGUCUUUGCCGGCGUCAACAUGCUUUCCAUCUACAGAAGCAACAUUCCGCUAUUUGCGAGGAUCAUCUCCGAUGUGAUGAGACUUCUAGGGGAAGGGGUCAUCAGACCUAUUGAUCCGCUGACGGUGAUGGAUUACUCUCAGAUCGAGGAGGCUUUCCGCAUUAUGCAGACCGGCAAACACAUUGGAAAGAUGGUUCUGAAGGCGGGAGAUGAUGACCUGGUCCCGAUCGUCCCGCAGAGAAUCAAGCCAUUCUACCUGCGACCGGACGUUACCUAUCUUCUUCCUGGAGGCCUGGGAGGUCUGGGCCGCUCCAUCGCGUCAUGGAUGGUUGAUCACGGCGCCAGGUAUCUGGCGUUCACGUCCAGGUCCGGAGCUACCAAGCCAGCAGCCAAGGAACUCGUGGACAAUCUGGUCAAACGCGGUGUCAAUGUCAAGGCUUUCGCGUGCGACAUCAGCCAAAAGGAGGCUUUUGCAGCAGCACUCGAUAAGAUCAAGGCCGACUUCCCUCCCAUCGCCGGCGUACUCACAUGUGCCAUGCAACUCCAGGAUUCUACUUUUGAAAGAAUGACCAUUGACGACUACGUGGCCGCCAUUCGUCCGAAGGUACAAGGAACGCGCAAUCUGCACGACAUGCUUCCCAAGGACCUCGACUUCUUCAUCUGUUUGUCCUCGGUGGGCGGCAUCGUAGGCUCCCGAGGACAGGGAAACUACAACGCAGGUAACACUUACCAGGACGCUCUGAUGCACAACCGCCGCGCCCACGGCCUCAAGGGUACAAGCAUCAACGUCGGUGUCGUGCUCGGCAUCGGCAUCACGGCCGAGCGUGGUGAGAUUCUGACUUACCUGAAAUCGGGCGCCAUGAUUGGUGUCCGUGAGAAAGAGCUGCUGGCCACUGUUCAAGCAGCCAUGGCCGACGAGCUCCCAAUCCAGUCCGUCGUCGGCCUCUCCACCGGCGGGUUGCUCAAGCAAAACGGCCACGAUGAGCCUUACUGGUUUGAGGAUGGCCGCUUUGCGCACCUGCGUAUCUACGACACGCAGUCUUUUGCUGUGGUUAACGAGGAUACGACGGCGGAGCUGCAAGCUGCGCUGGCGGCGGCCACGAGCUUGGCGGAGGCGUCGGAGCUGGUGUGCGGUGCCCUGAUGCGCAAGCUUGCCAAGGCGAUGUUGAUCGAAAUCGAGGACCUGGAUUCGAGCAGACCCGCGAAUGCGUACGGCGUUGACAGUUUGGUGGCUGUCGAGGUGCGCGCCUGGGUAUUCAAGGAUGUUAAGAGCGAUGUCAGCGUGUUCGACAUUCUGAGCAACGCGCCCGUGUCGCAGCUGGCAGAGAAUAUUGCAGCAAAGAGUCAAUUGGUCAGUGCGAGCGUCAGGAACGUGGAGAAUACAAAGGAUAUGUGA